GGCAGGAGCAGGCGGGACGAAAUGCCUUUGACCAGAUUUUUAAGGGAGACCAACACUCACUGAUUACUCCUACAGGAAUAAGCAAGUUGUGCUUUUGAAAAUCCUUCUUUAAAAGCAAAGACCAGAAAGCCUAGGACAAAAAGGAAAGUGAGAGCAAAGCUCCUCCAGUGUGUGAGCGAGUAUGGAGAUUGCUGUCUACCAGCAGAUGAUUGCACCACUACCUUGCACAGCCAUUGCUGCCAUUCUAUUCAGGACGUACCUCCUAAUGGCACUGACUUCAUGUUUAUUUGGCUCAAGUGAAGCUGUGGACUCUAAACCCAACAUACUUCUAUUUCUGGCUGAUGACCUUGGCAUCGGAGAUAUAGGUUGUUAUGGAAACAAUACCAUAAGGACCCCAAACAUUGAUCGCCUGGCAAGAGGAGGAGUGAAACUUACUCAGCACAUUGCUGCAGCUCCACUUUGCACUCCGAGCAGAGCAGCUUUCCUCACUGGCAGAUACCCCAUUAGAUCAGGGAUGGCAUCCAGCAAUGGAUACCGGGCGCUGCAGUGGAACGCUGGGUCAGGAGGACUCCCUGCUAAUGAAACAACAUUUGCCAGGCUGCUGCAGAAACAAGGCUAUACCACUGGAUUGAUAGGAAAGUGGCAUCAAGGUGUAAACUGUGAAUCCUUCAAUGAUCACUGUCACCAUCCUCUCAAUCAUGGGUUUGACUACUUUUAUGGCAUGCCUUUCACACUUCUAAAUAACUGUCAAGAAAACAAACCUCCAGAGCUGGAUGUAGCCCUUCAAGAUAAGCUUUGGCUUUACAGUCAGAUAAUUAUCCUUGCUGUGCUCACUCUCACUGCUGGAAAACUGAUUGGUUUGAUUUCCAUCCACUGGAAGAUAAUUGCCUGUUUUACUUUGGUGGGCAGCCUUUUCUUCAUUUCUUGGUACUCCAGUUACGGCUUUGUGCAGUAUUGGAACUGUAUCCUGAUGAGGAACCACGAUGUCACUGAGCAGCCGAUGAGGUUAGAGAGGACUGCUUCCCUCAUGCUAAAGGAGGCAGUGUCAUUUAUCAAGAGAAACAGGCAUGGACCAUUCCUCCUCUUUGUUUCCUUUUUACAUGUUCAUACCCCACUCUUCACCACAGCAAAAUUUAUUGGGAAGAGCCAUCAUGGUUUAUAUGGAGACAAUGUAGAAGAAAUGGACUGGAUGGUGGGCAAAAUUCUGAAUUCACUUGACAAAGAAGGUCUGACAAAUCAUACAUUGACUUACUUUGCCUCUGAUCAUGGAGGACACUUGGAGGCUCAGGAUGGAUCUGCCCAGCUAGGUGGCUGGAAUGGUAUUUAUAAAGGUGGAAAAGGCAUGGGAGGCUGGGAAGGAGGAAUACGUGUGCCAGGAGUAUUUAGGUGGCCAGGAGUGUUGCCUGCAGGCACAGUUAUCGAUGAACCUACAAGUCUUAUGGAUAUUUAUCCUACAGUUGUUCAUUUGGCUGGAGGAGUAUUACCACAGGACAGGGUGAUUGAUGGACGAAGCUUGGUGCCCCUACUGCAAGGAAGAGCUCAAAAGUCAGAGCAUGAGUUCCUGUUUCACUAUUGUGGGUCCUACUUGCAUGCAGUGCGGUGGCACCAAAAGGACAGUGGAGCCAUCUGGAAGGCUCAUUAUGUGACCCCUGUCUUCCAUCCACCUGAGGCUGGGGCUUGUUAUGGAAAAGGAAUUUGCCCAUGUUUUGGGGAAGGCGUGACCCAUCAUGACCCUCCGUUGUUGUUUGAUCUCUCGCGAGACCCUUCUGAAGCCAAACCUCUGUCAGCUGACACGGAGCCCCUCUUUGACAUUGUAAUAAGGAAGAUUGGAAGAGCCAUAGAAGAGCAUCAGAGGACACUGACUCCUGUCCCAGAGCAGCUCUCUGUGUACAACAUCGUGUGGAAGCCGUGGCUGCAGCCAUGCUGUGGGACAUUCCCACUCUGUUGGUGUGAUAAGGAAGGAGACAGCACACAAAGUUUGUGAGAUGGAUGCUUACUAGCAUGUCCUGUGGCACUGAGUCCUCUGCUGACAAAGCUUUCAGAAAAUAACUGUGUCCUUCCUCUCUCUGGAAAGCAAAAUGGAUGAAAAUAAAGAAAAAGAGUCUUGAUCAGAGAUAUUUUUCCCUUCAUUCUUCACCACUAUCCAAAAAUCUAAGGAAAUCCUGUCUUGUGUGGUAAAUGGCUUGAAUGGAGACUGGUUUUGCACAUUUGACUGUAAGAGAGGGCUAUAUAGGCCUAGACUCUGCCUAAUUUAUGCCUACUCAAGGAAAGCAGUCAGAGAACACUGUAGAGACUGUAGCAUAUGGUGCUGAACCGGCAGCAGUAAGAAAUAUCAGACUUAAGCAGAACUCAAGAUGUUCACAGUUGUGCCUCUACAGUCCACAAAUCAUGGUCAUAGUCUAUCCAAACAUAGUCAUUUCUGUCAUUGUUGCUUCCUGUAUUUCUCUCUUAUUUCUGCAGUAAUCUUGUGGGGAUGUUGGGCAACACCUGAGACAGAGUGAGUCUGAUUUAGUGAGAGAUUGUCCUCAAGUUGUGAAUAGCUUUUUGAACAGAUCUGCAGCUUUAGCUGGGUAACAAUAACACGUCACAGUGCAAAGUACAAAACGUUGAAGUCCAGUAUAACUCUGCAACAGUUACAAAAGAGGGAGAAGCAUUUUGCUUUUCAGAAAGAGGUACUUGUGUGUGUUAAUUUGGCAAACUAAUUUUAUUGCA